AUGCCUGCAAUGCCAUACCAAGCAUUGCGGACCCCCACCAUUGCCACCAAAAUGCAGAUGCACACUGCUGUCACCAAACCACACAAGACGCCAAAUAAUGGACAGCCUCAAAACAUUAUUAUACUGAUGGAAGAAGCUAUUGUGCAAACGAUUAAGAAUGCCAAAGUGUUGAUCACACGAGUUGUAUUCUCGAAGAAUGCGAUGGUGUACUCUAGAAAUAAAAAGAAGGAGAUCGUUGAUAAGGCUAUUACUGAGUCGGUCCCACAGUUUUACAUGUCAGAUGAUGAGUUCAUGUAUCAUUUAGACUAUACACUUUUUUGGCUAAUCUUCACAGCUGUAUUCCAGUCUUUCAUCACGAACACUGUCAUGCAUGGUAUGGAGUUCAUACCAUGA